CAGAAUGGAGGUGUGUGGAAAGUUUUUGUCCUCUAGGAUAGAGAUGGUAAGUGUGGGAGUCAUCACAGAGCCCUGUCAUGCCAGGUGGGAAGUUGAGACAGAUGAGGUGGUCCUGCAGCGGCGACAGAAGCAGAUAGACUACGGCAAGUGCACACCUGGUUACCAGUGCUUUCUGCAGCAGGUCCCCAGGGCACAGCGACAGCCUGGGUUUCACCCUCAAACACCAAACAAAAACAGGAGGUACAGUCGCCGAUCCUGGGAUGCCCAGAUCAGGCAAUGGAGAAGAGCCCUGCAUACCUGGGACCCCCCAAGCCAGCCUCUGCAUGACAGGGAGGCAUUGGGGAAGGCAACUAAGAACUUCCUAAGGCCAGUGGAUUCUGCUCCUUUGGAUGAUCUCCGGGAGGACUGGCUCCAGGCCCCGGAAUCCUCAGAGAAUUGGGACAGAGGCCAGAAAGAGGCCCAGUUUGCAUACUUGAAGGGUCCUGUUUCCUCCCCUCCCAAGCUCAAAGAGGAAGAGCUUCACCACUGAGUCUACCGCUGUUUACCUAUCCCAGACGUGUGGGGUGCAAACUAAAGAAAACCCAUGUUUUGUAGGGACUCACUGCUACUACUGUCCUAGACAAGUGACCGGAACGACCACUUUCCAACCAAUUAAGAAGGACAUCUAAAACUACGACCUACUAGUGAUCACAGCACGGCAGCAUUUAUUGAAAACUUUUUAGUCAGCUGAGACUCCAAUUUACAGAAGAGACAGGAACCUCUAAGGUGGUUUGACACCCCCCCCCCCACACACACACCACCUAUAUCAACAUUCAGUUC